AUGACAUCCUUCUACGCACCACCUGUGACCGAUCCGGCGGGGACAGAUGUGCGCACCAACGCUGUGUACGCCGUUGGCCGCUUGCGCGAAAAGUUCCCCGAGCGCAUCUCCGCCUCUGACCUGAUCACCUUUGUCUUGCCCGUCCAGAGACGGGAUGAGACCACUGUCCAGCAUUUCCUGGCUGUCCUCAACGCCAACUCAAAAGUCACAUAUGACAAGGAAACAGACAGCUUCCUGUUCAAGCCGGAGCACAACAUCACCGAUGCCGACUCCCUACUCCAGUUCCUGCAGAAGCAGGAGACGGCGAUGGGGAUCCAGGUGUCGAAACUGAAGGAUGGCUGGGCUGAUGUUGAAGACGCCAUCGACAAACUCGAGACCGAGCACCGAUUGCUCGUAACUCGCAACAAGAAGGACCACCACCCGCGAAUGGUCUGGAUCGACGACCCUACCCUCCACGCGCCGUUAGAUCAAGAGUUCAAGGACCUUUGGAACCAGAUCCCGUUGCCGAGCGUCGAGGACACAAUCAAAGAGCUUCGUAAGAUGAAUCACAAGUCUACGGGAGAGCCGGCUCGGACAGAUCUGGCAGCGAAACCUAAGAAGGAGAAGAGGAAGGUCCGCAGAGGUCAGAAGAUCACGAACGUGCACAUGCAGGGUCUAUUUAGGGAUUACUCGGAGAAGAAGCCAGAGGUGAAGAAAUAA